UUCAUUUACCUCUUUAACCUCUUCCCUCAGAUCUCCCGUUCUUCUUUCUCCUUGUUUCCUUUCCCCUGCUCCUCCAUCUUCGUCUUCCCUCUUCUUCAUCGUCGCGGCGUGAGGAAGAGAGAGGCGCGUCUGGACGGACUCUUUUCUUCAUGAACGAUUCCAAUUCCCACCCCACCAUGGUCAUGGACUCCGAUCCCUCCCUCUCAACUUCUGCCAACGACGGAGAUUUCCGUUUCGCUUUCAACGACGUCAAUUUCUCCGACCGUCUCCUCCGGAUCGAGAUCUCCGGUGGCGAGCCUUCGACUUCGGAACUCAGGACCGACGCCGGUGAGUUAGGGAGCUGUAGCAUCGUCGAUUGGGUGAGGGAUCGCAAGCGCAGGCGAGAAGAUGUCAAGAAGGACGAUCACGCCUUCGACCUUGCCACAGAGCCGGAUAUGAAAGGCGACCAGCCUGAAACGGAUGAUUGUGGAGGCGAAGACAACGAGCAUGGAGAUGAUAUGGCAAUUGUUGAAGAAUCGCAAUCAGACAAUGAGUCGAACUGGGGGAUGGAUAGUUCCACAUUUGUCAGAGUUAAAGAACUGCAUAUCAGCUCUCCAAUUUUGGCAGCCAAAAGCCCUUUUUUCUACAAGCUGUUCUCUAAUGGCAUGCGAGAGUCAGAGCAAAGACAUGUAACCUUGAGAAUCGAUGCUUCCGAGGAAGCUGCUUUAAUGGAGCUCUUGAAUUUCAUGUAUAGUAACUCACUGUCCAUCACGACGGCCCCUGCUUUGCUCGAUGUACUAAUGGCUGCCGACAAGUUCGAGGUUGCUUCGUGCAUGAGGUAUUGCAGCCGUCUGUUGCGAAAUAUGUCCAUGACACCUGAGUCUGCAUUGCUUUAUCUGGACCUUCCCUCAAGCGUGUUAAUGGCAGAAGCAGUUCGGCCUUUGACGGAUGCUGCAAAGAAAUUUCUCUCGUCUCGCUACAGGGACAUAUCUAGAUUUUUGGACAGGUUUCCGGAGGAGGUGAUGGCCUUGCCUUUAGCCGGUAUUGAGGCAAUAUUGUCCAGUGAUGAACUCCAAAUAGCAUCUGAAGAUAUUGUAUACGAUUUUGUAUUGAAAUGGGCGAGGUCGCAUUACCCUGUCUUAGAAGAACGCCAAGAAAUCCUUGGCUCCCGUCUGGCCCGCUUCAUCCGCUUCCCGCACAUGACAUGCCGAAAACUCAAGAAAGUACUGACCUCAAACGACUUUGACACCGAGGUCGCGUCCAAGCUUGUCCUUGAAGCUCUCUUCUUCAAAGCAGAGGCCCCGCACCGUCAGCGCAUUCUAGCUGCUGAAGAACCCGCCUCUCUGAACCACAGGUUUGUAGAACGAGCCUACAGAUACCGACCCGUGAAAGUUCUGGAAUUUGAAGCUCCGCGCCCUCAGUGCGUAGUUUACCUGGACUUAAAACGAGAAGAAUGCUCGAACCUAUACCCAGCGGGUCGGAUAUAUUCGCAGGCAUUCCACCUCGGGGGACAAGGGUUCUUCCUGUCGGCUCAUUGCAACAUGGACCAGCAGAACUCGUUCCACUGCUUUGGGCUGUUUCUUGGGAUGCAAGAAAAAGGGUCGGUGAGUUUCACAGUGGACUAUGAGUUCGCAGCAAGAUCGAAACCGACGGAGGAGUUUGUGAGCAAAUACAAAGGGAAUUACAAGUUCACAGGGGGGAAAGCGGUAGGCUACAGGAACCUGUUCGCAAUUCCAUGGACAGCCUUCAUGUCAGAGGAAUGUCUCUACUUCAUCAAUGGCGUUCUCCAUCUCCGGGCUGAGCUCACCAUCCGGCGGUAGCCGUUAGAGUUCUCUGUGGAAGAUGAACGGAAAUUCAGAUGCUUGCUACACCAUGAUAUAUAGGCCUAUAGAUCAAUCAUUGGCCGGUUUUGCCCUUGGAAGUUCUCUGGGUUAUUUUUCCAUGUAGAGGAGGGAGGACCUUGAGACUCCCUCCAAACUGACUUUCUUUCUCGCUGGAGUUUUGGUUUUCCAUCUGAAUCCAAUUCUCUGAUUUUUAUACUGCCAUGAGAAAUCUAUUUAGAGUUGUGUGUGAGUCUCUCCACGUGAGCGGCCCCUACAGAAAGGAUAACCGGAAGAGAGAGGGCGGAUGCUGAGGAGCGGUCGGUGCGUCACACAAGAAGGUUUGGAUGAUUUCCAGGACGGCAAGGCUGACGUCAUCCUAAAGUACGUGUUCAGUCUCUGGAAAAUUCAAUUAUAUUUUCUGGAACUAUCUCUGGGUUUGUUCGUCUCGAAUACAUUUAGAGAGUUUUCAGAUAUGAACAAGAGAACAGAGAGAAUGUAUUACAGGAUAAGGAUACAGAAGCCUCUCCCGCAAUUUUCUUCUUCAGGGACUCUAUAUCCUCUGCAAGUUCCUUUCUGCUUGACUGUCACAAUUAACAAAAACUCUCAUUUGGAGGUUCUGCAAAUAUCACUUCUUAAAGAUCCCAUGGGAGAAAGCAAAAUACAAUUUAAGUUAUUAAGAGGUUUGGCCAUGUAUCUGUAGACGAACCACCCUGUGUAGCCGAGGCCGACUAGCUCCAUAAUCUUUGGAAGCUAUAUUUUGAAACAUGACAUUUUACAUUU